AUGGCACACAAGGCACAGCUUGAGAACAGGAAAUACAGGAAUUGGGUGAGGGCAGGGCUAGGUAUUAAAUACGUAAAAGAAGGCUUGGAACCAUUUUGCGACCACCUUGUUAAGCAACAGCAUAUUGCUAUCUUAGAUAAAGUCAAACAGAAACACAAUCUUUCGACAGUGUCAUGUGGACUUUGCGAUGUACACACACUCCAGCCGGACCAUAUCCAAACCAAACCUAGACAGUGUCAUCUUGGUCAAAUGUACUGUAACUGUCUAUAUCCCCGCGGGAAAACUCCGUGUCCAAACAAGGUAUGUGGCGCCAUCCACGACGCAAUAAUUCAACUCCAUGCUUCAACCCCACCAGCGCCAUACUGGAGAAACGCUGAUGCACAUCAGUGGUGUACUGAACCAUGGGCUGUAGCAAAAUGUUUCAUAAAUGCUCCAGGAUAUGAACAGAAGAUAAAUUCGGUUGAGUUUGACCUUACUGGCUUGUUGCAUGUGCUGAUAAACAACAUAGAAUUUCAGCAACAACUCAAGUGCGUGGUAACUGGUACAGAUGUUUUUUCAAGGGUACGCAUGUGUAGAAACGAUAUAUUUCAUUCCCAUACUAUGGAAGUAGAAGACACGGAGGUUAACAGUUAUAUUGAUGAUAUGAUAGAACUAUUAGAAGAUGAAACAGAAAUAAAACACAGACAGGAAUCUAAAGCUGCGGUCAAAAAGCUGCAAGAGCUAAAGUUGGAGGAUUUCAUUAUAUCAACUGCGGACGAGGCCGGAAUCCGUCGUGUUGCGAUGGAUGCCAUAAAUAAGAAGGAAAGAGAACUUGAACAGACGAUAGCUGAUGCAGGAAACAAACUUAAGACUACGGCUGACGAAGAAAAACAUGAUAUUGAGGGGAAAAGUUUAGUUAUUAAAUCUGAACUCGAGGAGACAGGGCAGAAAAUAAGAAAGGACUUAGUGAUAAAAGAAGCUGAACUCGAGCAGACAGGACAAAAGAUUGAAAAGGAAUUGGCGAUAAAAGAAGAUGAGUCAAAAAGGAAAAUUGAACAGAAAGGAAAUGAGAUCAGAAAACUACUGACAAGGAAAGAGGAAGAAGUGAAAGAAAAACUAGAUCAGAAACUUCAAGAAUCAAAGCUGCAGUUAGAGAGUCAAAAAAUCUUGAUAGAAGAGUCGAUGACGAAUAGCACUGAGACUAGAAAAGAAGCUGUGACUAGAAGGGUAAAAACAGACUUUCAGAAGAAACUGGUCAAACUAUACGAAACACACGUAAGAAAGAUAGCUCCAUUGCCCCGCUUGCAUAAAGAUCUAAGGAAUGUACAUGAAAUGUAUGUACCUCCCUGGAUGACUGUAAAAGGAAUGAACGAAGAGUCGAACGAAUGCAAAGCAGUUAAGAUUUCUAUUCACGACAUAUUCAGAAGGAAAGAAAGACCUGCAAAGAAUAUCUACGUAAUCGGAGAAACUGGCUCAGGUAAAACCACGUUCUGUAAAAUUCUGGUACAUUUUUGGUGUAUCGCUCAUCCGUAUCAGGAAUACAAUUUAAACGUGUCUGACAUGGAGAAAGAAAUGGAAAGCUUUGAAUUCUUAUUUUAUGUUUCACUUCGACACUUUUCCGACUGUGACAGUAUAGAAAACAUGUUAAAGAAAUCAUAUAGUGACCCUGCUCUUGGAGAUAUAUUACAAAAUGACUCCGGUAAAUGUCUUAUAAUUAUUGACGGUCUCGACGAAUGGAACCCAGAAAGAAAACACAGUUCGCAGUUUCUCACCCCGGGACUUCCAGGACGUAACCUCGAUGCGGACUAUACAAUUAUUACAACUUCAAGACAAUGGAAAUUUGAUUCUCUGCCAUUAAGUGAUAGCACAGUAGAUAAAAAUAUUAAGCUAAAUGGAAUUGAUACGUUUGAAAUGAGACACCUCACUGAGAAAACAGUCGAAGCAUUAAAUGACAUCCAUCAAAAAUGUAAAAAUGCAGAAAAGUGUAUAAUUGAUCUUCAAAGCAGUCUAGUGUCUGACAUAAGCCAUACACCAAUGGUCUUGCAACAACUCGUUUGUCUAUGGUUUAUUGACAAACUCAAAGAUAAUUCGAGGUGUGCUAUAUACAGAAGCAUGUUAGACCUCUUUCUGGCGUGGAAAGCACUUGGGACUUCUGAAGUUCAAAAACAACUAGAUCUUAUCGAUUUAUUCAGUAGAAAUACACAGGUUACACAGUACCUUUCAUAUUUAGCGUACGAAACCUAAUUUAACAAGAAUAAAGAAACCACACUGACGUUCAGUAGUUCAACACUUACCCAGUUGAGCAUACCACAUGAUGUGAUAAAGGACUGUUUGGCCAGUGGUAUUUUAAAAGAAGAGCGGAACGUAAGUUUGAGUGAAAGCAUACAAUCAUCAAUUUCCUUCUUUCACAAAUCAAUUCAAGAAUAUCUAGCUGCAGUGUACAUCACUAGUCAGUUCAAAGAAAUGCUAAACUCGCAGAAUGAUGAACAUGAUCUUACGGAAGUCUGCAGAAUGUGCCUAGGGAAAUACUUCGGUAGUUGCAAAACUGUUUUUGAUAUUUUAGAACAGUCAAAUGUGUUAAUUAUGCUAUGUGGAUUAGAACCACGGUUGCUGACAAAUGUAAGUGAAUAUAUCUAUAACAUAACACUUGUUGACAAAAUGGUAGUUGAGGAAAGAAAUAAAGUACCGGAACAAUUCAGUUCAGAUAACCAUAAAUUGAUCAAUUAUAUCCAAACGUGCAUUUUCAAGUGCAUUGAAGAAGUCAUGUCUAUUGCAAAAUAUGUUCACCAGCCUGUUUAUAUUGCCGAUCUUUUCGUUGACCCAUCGACAGAUUUGCUACGUUAUGGUCAUAAUAUUGUUUUGAAAAGUGUUCUAUCGAUAGAAAUAGUGGAAAGUCCAUACAUAAUGAGAGCAAUUUGUAAAAAAGAUAGUAAAGAAGCAUUUUAUAUUGCCGUGAAACAUUUAACAAAAUG